UUGUACAAAUAUUAGCAUUUGGUGGGUUAAGAGUAGACUUAAGCGGAGAAGCAGAAAUCAAUAAAUAAAUCCAUUAUCUUAUCCAUCAAUAGGGAUAGAAAAAGAAAACAAAGAAAGGCUGGAAAAGGAAAAGAAGCAUGAGCUGCAGCAGCACCACCGCUACUAGUGCGACUGCGAGCCUAAAGGUGGCUCUGGUUUCUUCCUCUUCGACGAACACUUCGUCAUUGGUCAGCGUCUCCCCCAAUUGUGCAUCGAUGCACACGAAGACGAUGCCUUUGUCUUCUUCUUCCUAUUGCGUACGCGCAAGACCCAAAAGCGUUAGGUGUGAGGUUGCUGUGGAAGUGUCGUCGAUGUCCACGUCAUCAGCCAAUAUUGGAGCACGGAUUAGGGUGAAGGUGCCUCUGAAGGUGUACCAUGUCCCUAAAGUUCCCGAGGUUGAUCUUACCGGUAUGGAAGGUCAGAUCAAGCAGUACGUCGCCCUCUGGAAUGAUAAGCGAAUCUCAGCCAAUCUUCCUUACAAGGUUCAAUUUGUCACCGACAUCCAAGGUCGUGGUCCUGUCAAGUUCUUCGCCCAUCUCAAGGAAGAUGAAUUUGAGUAUGUUUAGUUUAACCACUAUUCUUUUCUCUCUCUCCCCCUGAAUCACUGCUACCUACUACUAUUAUGUCUUGUCUACUUCUACUACUACUUCAGUUAUUCUGAAUCAUCAGAUACACUUUUCUCUCUCCCCUUAUUAUUAUAAAACUAAAUAAUGAUAAAUGUUGUA